AUGGCAACGCCGACUUCAGCACCAAUGACUAUCGUCUCAAGCCAAGAACCGUUCCAGAACCCUCCAGGCCCUGCUCUGCCGGCAAAGGCCCCCGACCUCUUCUCUCUGGCAGGCAAGGUGUGUGUUGUCACCGGCGCCGCGCGUGGAAUCGGACUGGCCGUCGCAGAGGCGUUCGCGCAGUCCGGGGCACACGUCGUCUUGUGGGACCUCCAGGCGCCCGUCAAGGCCGCUGCGAGCAUUGCCGAGGAGAACGGUGUGAGAGCAAAGGCCUACGGCGGCGACGUUACCGACCCAGACACGGUGGACCGCGUGGUGGACGAAAUAGUGGCCGAGUUCAGCACGAUCGACGUUUUCGUGGCCAACGCCGGCGUCAACAUCCCGUCGGGCGACAUUCUGAGCGAGCUCAACAGAGACGGAAAGAGAUGGAACAGGGUCGUCGACAUCAAUCUGAACGGGGUGUUCUACUGUUCGCGGGCCGUUGGCAGAGUUUUCAAAAAAGCAGGCAGGGGCUCGCUGAUUUUUACAGGCUCCAUGUCGGGCCACAUUGUCAACACGCCGAUCGAGCACUCGGCCUACAACACCAGCAAGGCCGCCGUGAUCCAUCUAGCCAAGUCGCUGGCGGUCGAGUUCCGCGGUUUUGCGCGGGUCAACUCCGUGUCGCCCGGCUACAUCGACACCGGCAUUAACGGCUACGUGGACCCAGACACUCGCCGCAAGUGGCAGGACGAGAUCCCGCUGGGCAGAGAGGGCCAGGUCAAGGAGAUUGUCGGCGCGUACCUCUUCUUUGCCUCAGACGCCUCCACCUACGCAACUGGCUCUGAUCUGGUCGUUGACGGAGGGUACACCAUCAGAUAG